GUUUGCACAAUCCUAAAAAUCACCAUCUCCCCACGCAAUCGGAUUAAACCCUCGGAUUUUCAGCUGCAAAAAAUCUAUAUAGGAAAGCCCUUUGGAUCAAACCACCGGUAGAAUUGAAAUCGCUUGACGAUUNUUUUGAUCCAAAAAAAAAAAAAAAAAAUUCAUGAGGAAGAGAGAGAGAGAGAACCCUUGUGGGAUUUGUGGGCACUACCACAAGUACGAGGAGGGGGAGGUGUGCGGCGUCUGCGGCCACCGAAUGGCCGCCGUGGCGGACAAAUCUGCGGCGGCUUCCGUCCACGUCAGCGCUUUCCCAUCGGAGAUCUUGCCGGAGUUCCUGUACCUGGGCAGCUACGACAAUGCUGCCCGCGCCGAGCUUCUCAAGACUCAGGGCAUCUCCCGUGUUCUCAAUACCGUUCCUGCUUGUCAAAAUUUGUACAAGAACUCUUUUACCUAUCACUGUCUGCAAUAUGAUAAAGAACUGCCAUUUGAGGAUGCAAUUCAGUUUCUAGAACAAUGUGAAAAAGAUAGGGCUCGGGUUCUUGUGCACUGCAUGUCCGGCAAAAAUAGGUCCCCUGCAAUAGUAAUUGCUUACUUGAUAAAAACCAAAGGCUGGAAACUCACACAGAGUUAUCAAUGGGUGAAAGAGCACAGGCCUCAAGUCGAACUAAGUCAAGAGAUAUACCAGCAAUUACUCGAUUAUGAGCAAAAACUACUCGGUGGGGCAGCCAAGGACAACAAUAGUGCUGUUUUGAGUUCACCGCCCUUUAGCUUUGGCUUCUCAAGCCCAAACAACCCACCGCCUCAAGUCCCGGUUUUCAACAAUAGUAGUGGAGGUGCUUCCAUAUUUUCCCGAACUGCAUUUGAUGUCCCUCCACAAGAAUUCACGUUUGGAGCUGGGCCCUCACAGAAAAACACCCCAGACGAUACUUCUUUCAAUGCAAGCACGAAUAUUUCUUCUGUCAAUGAUAUUGCCAUGGAUAGUUCUUGAUGGUUGGAUCAUAUGAUUAUACUCUCGUCUGGGAAAAAUUAUUUGUUGGAUCAGAAUUCUUGUUCGUCUUCAUCUGUGAGCUUCUUUUACAAGAAAAAAAGUCAGGGAUGCAAAGUGUGAAGAGAUACGAGUUCUUGUGGUGUUGUGCGAAAAUGAGGGUUUGGUCGGGCAAAUGAAGGAGUGUGCAGUUUAUUUUAAAGACACUCGCCCUUGAUAUACCCUACUCUUUCGACUCAUUUGGUUUUUCCCUUUCUAUACAAUGAAUCCUUUAGUACUUGUGGUUUGUUGAUUUGGGCAAUAGAUUGUGUUUGGAUUAAUGAAGAAUAAUAAACAGAAAUUAUAAACCUGUGUUGGUUUAUUUGCUCUCUCGUUGGAUUGAACAAGUUGGAAAAAGUUUAAUGAAUCUCUCUGCCUAUAGAGCCAAU